AUGAACCUGGAUGCCUUGUUCCAGCAAAUACAUUUCACAGAGAAGCAGGCGAGGGAGAAAAGACAGCUCAUCCAACAAGCUAAAUUCGACAUAAACAGAAGCUAUGAAAAAAUUAACCAAAUAAAAGAAGAGCUGAGCACAGCAAAAAUGAAACUGGAAACUAAGGUUCAGCAUCUGUCUGAAAAGGAGUUCUGCUUAGAAAUUCUGAAGAAACGUGAAGAGAGCUUAGAAAAGCAGAAAGCUGAACUUAUUAAUCAAAAGAGCAGUCUUCUUAAAAUCUUUGCAGAUGCAAAGAGAAAAAUGACUGAAGAGGAAGAUAAUUUUACUAGAGAAGUAACAGAGUUUAACAAUGAGUAUGGACUAACAAGUAAUAGGGAUCUUAUGAAGAAAAAAGUCAAGACUGAAAUAAAUGAUUUGGAGAAUGAGGCAGCUCUGUUGAAAAAUGAAAUUGAGUCAAUGGAACAAAAAAAUGUUCAAUUAAAGGCACUUCAGCUGCAGAAGAAUGAGUUAAAGCAGGACUUACUUAAUCUCCAAAACGAACUUAAAGACCUUGAGAAAGAAAUCAGGGACGCUGAAAGAAUGACAAAAGGUUUAGAAGCUGAAAAAGUCCAAGUCACCGAAAAGCCUCAGACUGAUCCUGAAUGUUUAAGGCUUAAGAAAGAACUGGAAAAUUACAAAGAUGAUGAUUGGGAAAGUAUCUGCGAGACUCUUCGAACAGAGAUUGAAAUUCUGCAAAAGGAUCUAUCACAAAAAAAGACUUCAGAUAAGUGA